AAUAAAUUUAAGAUGUAUGUUCAACUGGGUGUUUAUCUCUAUUUCUUUGGUUAGAACCAUAGACCAUGGGACUCUCCCUUCCACAGUCUGGUCUGGUCACGUUCAGCAGAAGCUGGUCCUUUUCAUGUACAGGAAUGGAGAAAUCACACUCCAGGACAUAAAUAAUGAGACUGAUGUGUGCAAUUUGGCCCUGCCUCCAUCACACUGCAUAGCGCCUCUGUGGAGCCCUGUGUGUGAGCUGGACUCCACACAACAAACUCUGUUUGUCCGAGGGGACAAGAACACAUGUGCUGAUUACCCAUCACAAAGUGAGGACUCCGACAGCUCAUUGUUCUUCUUCCACUUGCCGGAGUCUUCAGUAACAGAUCAACACCGCGGGCCUCUUUCAGGAGCUGGAGGAGCAGAGAGAGUGGGGGAGUGUGUCAGUCUGAAAAAAACUUUCGAUCUAUAUUUGCAGGAAAGACUGGCAUCUCUGAAGGAGAGGAACAAAGUCAUGGCGGAGAGCUGGAGCCGGCUGCCAGAACUGGCCCAAGGCCACAGGGUUCAUUCGGCGCCACCAAACCAACAAGGAGAACAAAAGGCCUCAGGAUGUGUUGGUCGUGCAUGGCUCUCCCGGUUCGUCGACCACCACUCAUAGGAGCACUUCGGAGCACCUCAUUCCUCCCACAGCCGAUAGCCGACGGUAUAUGCGCCUUGCUCCAUUGCAGGCCUUACAAACUCUUCCUGGCAUGUGGACUCACGUGAGAGGGAGACGGGAGAAGGGUGGCGAGUCUGGGGAGAGGAAAAUGGAACAGAGAGAGCGAAACAACGGCAACCUCCAUUUUAUUGAAGGUUGCGUGUUUCAAAUUUACAGUAAGCCAAUACUGUUACAGGAAAGCUGUGGUAGGGGGCGUGGUUAAAUGAGUCACUCUGAGGUGGACAUAUGGGCUUUGCAGUUUGUGUGUCUUUUGUAGUGCAUGGAAUCUACACCUCCCCUUUUGGUGUCAGGAUUAUACUGCUGGUGUAAUCCCUGAGAGCACAAGAGUCAAGUACAGUCCAUGGCUAAAAAAUUCACAGUCGUUCGUUCAGGCACGUAACAUCUGGGCAGUUCAUAUUGGCUGCGAACACACUGAGCAUUAUCAUACUGGCUGUAAACAAAGUCUGAGCAUUUUGUUGGUACUAACUAAACUUGGCUACUCAAGAACAACAUGUCAUAAUACAUUUAUAAAGACAAGGUUGAAAUAAACAAAAUAUGACAGUGA